GGAAGCUUGACAGGUUUGAGGCGGGCUUCGGGAUGCCGCAUGCGCAGUGUUUUGAGUCGAAGUGUACGUGUUUGCGUUUGGCUCCGCAGCACGGGGUGCUCAAAGCUUUUUCUGAGUCUGUGGGUCUGAGGGAUGGCUUUGACGAAUUCACAGGCAGCGAACCUGGCGGCUCACGAGCUUCAGUACGACAUUGUCGCAUACAUGGUCCGUGCUCAGCAAGCAGCUCGGGAUAGCUGUGCAACACCCUUUGAGGAAGCCUCCUGCCUGUGCACUCCGGGCAGUUUGGAGACUUCGACGCGCUUGGAGGCAUCGACAGGCAUAGAGACGUCCACAUGCUUUGAUACUCGAGCACACGAAGAAGGAUCCAGUGACGCUGGUGCCAGCUGCCAGUCGGCCAGGAGGAAGCUAAGCUUUUCUGAUUCGGACGCUUCGGAUAGCCCGGCGCAGUGCCCAGGGCGCGCAGGUGCCGACACAUCGGACACAUUUGGUGCCGGCCAUGGCAAGUGCUCAACUGCGUCGCCUCGCAGCUCCGAGUGGGCGGAGCUUGAAGCAAAGGAGCCACGGUCGGAGGUGCAAAGCUGGCGAGACGGGCUGCAGUCCAGGGCCGGCGAGGGCUCGGUGAAGCUCCUGGUGGCCCAUUUCAGCUCGGCGAUGGUUGGCCAGGAGCUGGCCGGGAAGGAGAAAGAGACGGGCCACGAGUCCACUGGUCGCAGCGAGUCAGCUGAUAGGUUUGAGGAUGCAGAUUGCGACCAAGCGGUGUCAGGGUGUAGCCUUUUGCAGGAGGAUUCAGUGUGCAGCAUCAGUCGCAGCUACAGUGUCGCCACAUCCAGGUCCAGCUUCCAGCGGACACCACCUGUCGCCAGUGAGGACUUGGCGCUCAGAGAGGCAGCUGCUGGGCGAGCUCAUCUCCAACUCUUGAGGGACAGGAACGCACGGAGCUGGCGAAAGGCUUCGGCUGGCGUUGGCAUGGUGCAAACGCCGAGGCUGCAGGCCUCAAUUUCUGGAAAGGCACCACUUUUCCAUGCCCGAUGGUCGCCGGCUCUCACCGCCACCACGGCCCCAAUGCUGUCCACCCCGCAACGUGCAAAGCAGCGUGCCGCCAAGCAGAUGGAGACACUGGGAGGUACCACGGCCACCUCAGCAUGGGAUGAUCGCACUUCCUGUUCCGGGAUCUUUGACGGCCAGCCGCUUCGUGCAAUCCGACGGCUCCUUGACUGACGGGCGGCAGGCAUGUGAAUUUGUAAUGCAGAAUCAUUGGUUGACCUUGCCGCACCCUGCCAUGUGCU